CACACCACAGCACACUGAGUCACUCAACAAUGGCUCUCUCUAAAGCCGAUCUCAAGCAAAAAGUGAUCACUUGCCUCAACAAACUAUCCGACCGAGACACUCUUGCCGUCGCCACAACCGAGCUUGAGUUCAUCGCUCGGAAUCUCACAACCGAAUCCUUCUCUGCUUUCCUUAAUUGUAUCUCCACCACCGACUCCUCCGAGAAAUCUCCGGUUCGCCGACAAUGCGUACGUUUAUUAUCCCUCCUCUCGGCCGCCCACGGAGAUUCUCUCUCUCCACACGUCUCUAAAAUGAUCUCUGCCGUCCUCCGCCGGCUUCGAGACCCCGACUCCGCCGUCCGUUCCGCCUGUGUUGAAUCAGUCACCUCAAUGGCUUCGCACAUCACAAAACCUCCGUUUUCGGCUUUCUCGAAUCCAUUAGUACAAGAUAUCUUGAUUGAACAGGAUUAUAAUGUACAGAUCGGUGCUUCGAUGUGUCUUUCGGCGGCCAUCGAAGCGUCGCAUGAUCCUGAGCCAGCGGAGUUGAAGAAGCUGUUGCCGAAGUUGUUAAAAUUGGUUAGGUCUGAUUGUUUUAAGGCAAAACCGGCACUUUUAUAUCUCAUUGGAAGUAUAGCGAGUUCUGGAGGUGCUUCGAGUAAAAAUGUGUCGAGCUCUUUGGUUUCUUGCUCGGUUGAGUUCUUGAGCAGUGAGGAUUGGGCGGCGAGGAAGGCUGCUGCGGAGAUAUUGGCUAGGUUAGCUUUGGCAGAGAAGGAUCUUUUGGCAGAGUUCAAAGCAUCGUGUGUGGCAUCUUUGGAGAGUCGGAGAUUCGAUAAGGUGAAGGUGGUAAGAGAGUCGAUGAAUCGGGCAUUGGAGUUGUGGAAGGAUGUUGCCGUGGUUUCGGAUGAGGCUUCGCCUCAAUCACAAUCAAAUUCAUCUUCAAAAGACUGUGGUAAUAGUGGAUACCCCCCUACUGUCUCCAAAGGUUUCUGUGAUAUGGGCAUUGAAACUCCUCAACAGAAGAAAACAAUCAUCACAAGCAGGACACCUCCAUCCGAGGCUGCCUCCACCCAGAAAAGAAGUCCGCCAAAGAGUAGUCAAAAGAAACCAAAUGCACCAAUGUUCAGUAACACUGACAUAAAUAAACCUUCUGAUUGGAAAAUUGAUAUUGCCUUACCCCAGGCUUCCUCAUCGAAGGUGGCUUGUGAAGAUGAUCUUAGGAGUAAACACCUUGGGUUUCCUCCUUCUGCAGAUGGUGAUAGUAGUGGUUACUCAAAAAGACAAACAAAACGCUCCCUCUUCAAUCAAACUUGUGAUGAAAAACUGCAUAAAUUGGGAAGUUUGAAAUUUGGGUCUCGUGUGGUUCCAUUCCAUGAGAAUGAUUACUGCGAGUUGGACAUGACAGACGGUAAUAAUACUGAAGAGGUCUAUGGGAACCAGAAAGAGAUUGAAGAUCUGUCUUUGAUCCGGAAACAGCUUCUUCAGAUCGAACACCAACAAUCUAGUCUGUUGGAUCUCCUUCAGAGGUUCAUUGGGAGCUCCCAAAGUGGGAUGAAUUAUCUGGAGACGCGUGUAAAUGGCCUAGAGAAAGCACUGGAUGAGAUGUCACAAGAUUUGGCGAUAUCAACUGGAAGGAUUUCAAAAGGCUCUGCAGGAAAUACGUGUUGCAUGCUACCUGGUGCAGAAUUUCUGAGUCCAAAGUUUUGGAAGAGAACAGAAGCACAGUACUCUAUUUCAAGAUCCUCUUUCUGUGGGAGAACCCAAUCACUGACUGCCACCCACAGUAUGCCACAUAAAGAUGCAAAUGCAGAAAUGUUUAAGCUGGACAGUCCAAGGGAUCAGCAACAAAGUAGAGGACAAUCUGUUGCAAACCCAAUGGGAGAUAGGCGCACAAACUUAAGGGAAACUUUGAAGGCAUUCUCAAACAGAACACCAACAAAGAUAGAUCCAGAUGCUGAGAGAAUACGAGGGGGGAAUGCUGGUGUGCUUGAUGGAGCUUCACUUGCGAAGUGUAUGCAGCAGCAAACCUAACCACAAGAUCAUUUGUGUACCGGGAAUAAUUCAAUUUGCACCCAUUUUAUCCAAGAAGGAGACACCAUGAUUUUCAUGAGGAAAGCGGAAGGAAGCUUAUUUAUCUUGAUGGCUUUUUGAAUGAAUUUGCAAUUCCUAUUCUUUUGAUCGAGUGCAAUUCCUUGAUAGACACAACAGAAACAUUCCAGAAUUCUUCGCUCAGAGGAGCUGCAUUCAUAUGACUAGUUGCAAGGUCAGUGCAAAUAUCCCUGGAUUUGGGCCACAUUUAAUUUAAGUUUAUACAAAACGCUGCCUCACCAUUUGCUGUCUAUAUGUAGAGCAUUAAGUUUUCAUGCAACCGAAUUUAUAGCUGUUCCGGUUAAAAUAAAAUUAUAUGUUUCGCUGCAGAACUAUUGGUUCUCACAUAGCAUCAACACAUUAUAUGUUCAGCCGAUCUGCGUAUGUAUGUGUUAGAUACAUCUUCCCCCUGGUUGGUGGUAAAUGGCAAUAAAAUUAGGUGUUGCAGCUACCUGCUUGAGG